GAUUUCCCAGCAAGGAUGCAAUGAAAAAGGGCAAAUUUCUAAUUUUCAAAUACUUCUCUUUCAUUCUCACUGAAAAUUUUUAUUUAUGUGUUAGCAUAAGUGCAAGAGUUGCAGUGGCUUAUCAGAAUGAGAUAAGACUUCUUGGACUGAACGCAUGCUUUAUUAUGUUUUGACAAACUGGUUCCGGGCAACAAACACUGGGAGAAGGGUACUGUGACAUCACCCAGUAGAAACUCGUGGCCUUUCACCCACCCCAGCUAGACAUGCUCUAUUUAUUGUCUAUCACACAGGAUUUCCUUUUAUUACAGAAAGAAUUAGUUCUAGAAUUGCAUCCCGUGGUGUAACACUGGCUGAAUCACAGUAUAGUCAGAUUCAGUCAUCCACAAGAAUGGAAAUUCCAUCAUCCUCUGCAUCAAGGACAUCAAUGUCUGUAGCCUCGGGGUUGAAAGAGAAACUGAAUGGACUAUGGUUGUGUGUAGUUUGGAGAUGGCCAAUGGGGUGUGCCUAUUUUCCAGAUAUCAUACCUGUUGGAAGCGAAGGACCAUCAUGUUCCUAAUUUUUCUUACAUGAUUACUUUGGAUGAAGUCAUGUUUUCAUUUGUUAUUUUCUGGGGUCCUUUCUUGAAAUUUGAAAUUAAUCUCUUUCAAUCAUUUAGUCCACCACAUCAAAUUCUCUUUGGUGGUAUGACAUAGAGAUGCUGCCUCUAGCUCGUAAAGUUUUGCAGUUGGUUCUGCAUAUUAAUCUCAUGCUGUUCUACUUUGAAGGUGGUUUCCAAGGAUAGACUCUGAUGGAGUCUUAAUCAUGCUUUGAACUGCAAAAUUUAUCAAAUAACAUCGUUUAUUUCCCUCUCCAGGCCUCUAUUACCAUAUAUUAAAAUGUGCAGCUGGCAUACGUUUUGUGUUCAUUAGGAAACCAACGAAUCAGAGGGCCAGGUAGACUGCCUCUUUUGUGUCUAUUUAUACUUGUUUGUACACUUAAGAUUUCUCUCUUUUGCACAUUUGGAAAUUGGAACAUAGGUGUAAGCAACUAAGCACCAAUGGUUUGAUACAUAAAUAUUCCAUGCAGAU